AUGGCGCUUUGGCCCAUGAAUCGCUACAUGGACGAGUUCACGAGGGACUUUGACCGUUGUCCAAUGCGAAUGCCCAUGGUACCCAGGGAAAGGGAUUGGUUCGACCGUCCAAUUAUGCCGUACUGGAGGGAUGCGGACCAUUCCGUUCUGCAUGUUGGGAACGAAACAAAGGAGGUUGUCAAUGAUGAUAAGAAGUUCGCUGUCUCCUUGGAUGUGUCACAGUUCAAACCGGAAGAACUAAGGGUACAUCUUGAUGGGCGUGAUCUCACUAUUGAAGGGAAACAGGAGGAGAAGACGGAACAUGGAUUCAUUGAGAGAUCAUUCAUGCGUAAAUGGUCUCUGCCGGAUGACUGCGAUCUAGAUGCCGUCCAAACCCAUCUAACUGACGUUGGCCAUCUUUCUAUUGAGGCUCCAAAGACUGGUCAACAUACCCACAGAAGAACUCUACCAAUCAUGCCAGCACCAAAGAGAAAGUAA